AUGGAACAGCUGAUUCGCGACCUCAAUUCGCCUCAAAAUCAAGGCAACCCAGAUGCCAUCAAUACCAUACAGCGACAAUUGCAAAGACUACAGCGCGAACCUACGGCUUGGCAGACUGGUCUUGAAUUACUUAAUAGCCACGAACCACUCCUUCAGUUCUACGGGGCUUUAACAUUAGGUCAGAAAGUCAAAGUUGAUUGGGAACGGGACAGAAUCGGUGGUGAUAGAGAGCAUGUAUCGCAACUUCUCGAACACCUGCUCACCUGCUACGUGAGAUUCGCGGCGGCUGGAUCCGAAGUCGUGGUAACGAAGCUUUCCUCAGUGCUCGCUGCUGUCUUUGCUAAGCCCACUUCUGCUUGGGCACAUCCUCUACGGCACGUCCUAUCUUGUAUUCUGGCUGGUCGGUAUCUGCCUGAAAAUUCCAGUGCAAGUAUCGCAGAUAUUCUGGGCUCGUCAACCACUCUUUCGGGUGCAACAUGGAAAGCUGUUCUUCGGUUGGCGCUUGCCUUGCAAGAGGAACACGGGUCGAGCGCGAAAGGACAAGUUGACCACAGAUACGAGAUACAGCUCACUGAUAAUGCUCCUGAUGCGUGGCAGCUACUACACUACACGAUCCUUUCUUUCUCAUCACAAAUCGAUACCUCACCGUCCAUAGGUCAAGAUCUUCCUCUCACUAUAAUUGCAGAUCGCAACCUACAUGGGAAACUCCUGGCGGAAGCCCUGCACCAAGUACCGCUAUGGACAAAGUUCGUGGCCGAAAACAUCACUCCUUUUAGCAAUUCGAUCCAACUGUUGCUACAUCUUCUUGAGCAACCACUACUCGCCGAAUACUGCAUGCCCUGUAUAGCAGUUCUACAGGGCGAUUACUAUCGCCUCCUUAAUCGUACCAUUCCCGACUAUCGAUCCCAAGUCAACAACUCCGCUGCGGCAAAUCACCUUAUGGAUAAUAUGCUGUCAGGCUACUUCUCGCCAGAUGGAACUGCUUAUGUCGAGUUUCUUGAAGCUGUCGUCAGUCAAUUGGACUGUACAAAUGAUCAAUACCUGAAAGACCCCGAAAUUGUUGUUGUUCUAGAAAGAGUUCAGAAAUUGACAGGUUGCCAGGGCGCCGCCAUGGUUGAGGAUGACAUAUGCCAGAUUGUUCUCGAGAUGAUGACCACGGUUGCCGAGGGUUACAACGACUGGGAUGAGCCUUCGCAGUUCGACGAUAGUCUGACCAACCUGAUCAAGGAUGUCUGCCUUGCCACCCUAGUAAAGGUUCAGUACCCAUCCUCUGAGCUCGACAAACAGACCGCGAUCUGGGACGAGGAUGAACAUACACGCUUUGGCGACUUCCGUUUUCAGGCCAAGGAUUUCUUCGAGACAGCUUUUGGUAUUCUGGGACCCGGCUUAGCACAAGACAUCGCGCAGACAGUCACACAAUCCGCUGCACUCUCGUGGUCAGAGUUCGAGGCAGGCCUCUUCGUGCUAACCUCAAUUUCCGAUGCUCUUACGAACGACCCUGAAAAGUGCGAUUCAUCACUUGCACAAAUCUUUUCUUCAGAGCUGUGGACACAAGCAAUUUCGGACUCGACACAAAUCCCAGGUCGUGUUCGCCGGGCUGUCAUAAGACUUCUUGCAGAGGCAACCGCAUAUCUACAGCGGAACCCUCAGUUCAUGAUCAGCAGCCUAGACUUUCUCUUUCGCUCCCUGCAGAUCAAGGCCUUCUCAAACCAGGCUGCUGGUGCUAUCCACAAUCUGUGCGACAGUCAAAGAACCUUUCUUGUCCAAGGACUACCUCAAUUCCUGAGUACGAUUACGACCCUGAACAACAUUUCAUUGCACUCACGUGGUAAAGUGCUUAGCGGUAUUGCUGCUCUGAUUCAGGCAUUGCCCUCUGAAGAAGAACGUAUCGAGCCGUUGCAGAAGAUGUUGCAACUUGUACAGAGUCUCGAAAUCAAGGAACGAGACGAUAUUAACAUACAAGAUGAUGAUGCCCCAGACCCACUCUUCGAUCGUGUCAGUAUGCUCGCAGCUAUUGCCAAAGGUCUGCAAAGCCCUUCGGACACACCUAUUGACCUUGAGACACCCUCGAUCGGCAACAAUACAUUUUGGACAGAUGGACCCGGCACUCCAACUCAGCAGGCAAUUCUGCAAAUGCUGUCUGAACCCUGGAGCCGUUUGCUAGAGCCUCAAAACGGCGACCUUGUCGCCGUGUGUUGCGAACUACUCAGAGCCGGCUUUAAGGAAGAACAUCCAUCACCUUUCAAAUUUGCUCCUAUCACUGAGACAGAACUACUGUGUGCGUUAAUCGAUCUCAGAAACUCUAAUCUGGAUCAGACGAUGAAUACGUCGUCUUGCUUUGUCUCAGCUGCACCUCCACCAAUGCCAGGGUCGUCUUCCAACAUUGAGCGACUGCUGCAGCGAGUCAUUGCCAUCACCAAAGAAGCCAUACUUACAAUGAGUAGUCCAAUACCAGACGCUUCCUUUAAUCCACCAAGUUCAAUUUGCGAUUUCAUCAUCCGAUGUAUGCCGAAAUUUGGUGUUGAAAUUCUUGGUAGCCCUUCGGCUCUAGAGCUCAUGACCACAAUUUUCGAUUUCACAAUUCUUCUGCUCAGAAGUACGACAGAUAUCCUGCCUCGUCGCAUCGCUGCAGCCUUCUUUACCUCCUUCCUCGACUUGACCGAGCCUUCUAGCAAGUUCAUGCACAACACAGCAACCAGCUUUACCUUGACCUCGCUCCUCGAUACAUAUUCACCUACCAUACUCGGGUUGACUCUACACCUGCUUGCUGGAGAGUGUGCACGUUCGGAGAUCGAGGUCUUCUCUCAGUUAUUGCGGGCCUUCAUAUUGAAACAAUUAAUGCGAGCCAGGAGAAUCAUGCAAGAAGCGAUCAAACCAGAGAGUGCAGUUUUGACGCAGAAAGCGCUCGAGGCCACGAACUCAGAGCAGCGGGCUAGGUUCGUCGCUCAAGUUGAGGCAUUACGCGGAGGGAGGAAGACAAAUGAAAUUGUGAGAGACUUUUGGAUAAGUUGUAAGGGUGGACAAUUUGGAUAUGUUACGUGA